ACGUUACUCUCAAUUAUCCACCAUCUGACACAGCAACCCUGUAGUUAUUAUCCUAGCAUCAAAGCAAACACUGCAGAGGUAUAAAACCUGCCCUGGGUGAGUCCUGCUUGUUUUGGAGGCUGCGAGACCUAUAAAGGAUGAAGACUUCUCUUCUUGUCGUGCUCAUCAUAGCCCUGUGCACGGAGAGCGCUUUCUCUUUGAUGUGCUUCUCAUGCAAAGAUGCAUCUUCCAACAUACACUGCCUCAGUACAACCACAUGCUCUGACCAUGAGAAGUACUGUCUCACAACCUAUUCUACCACAGGACUGGGCAACGACCGUAACCAGCGCAUUACCAAGAAAUGUUCUGCAUUUUGCCCAACAAUUGACCUGAAUAUCGGCAUAGCUGGCGUUGCUACCAGCUGCUGUGAGACUUCCCUGUGCAACGUCAGCGGUGCCAGCAGUGUGAAAACCAGCUACACUGUGAUAGCUCUUGGCAUCUUGGCCAGUCUCGCCUGCAUCCUCCGGCUGGGUUUUUAA